GUGGGAAGAAUGUCCCUUACAUUGGGGGGUCGGUGGGAAGAAGAAUGUCCCUUACAUUGGGGGGUCGGUGGGAAGAAUGUCCCUUACAUUGGGGGUCGGUGGGAAGAAUGUCCCUUACAUUGGGGAUCAGUGGGAAGAACGUCCCUUACAUUGGUGGUCAGUGGGAAGAAAGUCCCUUACAUUGGGGGGGUCAGAGGGAAGAAUGUCCCUUACAUUGGGGGUCGGUGGGAAGAAUGUCCCUUACAUUGGGGGGUCGGUGGGAAGAAUGUCCCUUACAUUGGGGGUCGGUGGGAAGACUGUCCCUUACAUUGGGGUCGGUGGGAAGAAUGUCCCUUACAUUGGGGGUCGGUGGGAAGACUGUCCCUUACAUUGGGGGGUCAGUGGGAAGACUGUCCCUUACAUUGGGGGGUCAGUGGGAAGAAUGUCCCUUACAUUGGGGGUCAGUGGGAAGAAUGUCCCUUACAUUGGGGGUCAGUGGGAAGAAUGUCCCUUACAUUGGGGGGUCAGUGGGAAGAAUGUCCCUUACAUUGG